GGAAGCUCUUUGUGCUGGAGUCUCAAAACAGCUCUCAGGGCCUGGACCUGGAGGCAGCUCGGCUUUCCUGUAAGAGCAGGGGCGCCCACUUGGUGUCUGCAGACAAGCUGCGCAGGGUGGUCCAGGACUGUGCCUUCUCGGUGUGCACCACGGGCUGGCUGGCAGAUGGCACCCUCGGGACAACUGUGUGUAGUAAAGGGAGUGGUGAGCAGCAGAUCAUGAGAGCUAUUGAUGUGCGAAUUGAGAACAGCCCAGUUCCUGGAGGCGUGUACAGUGCCCUGUGUAUUAAGGAUGAAGAGAAGCCAUGCGGAGACCCACCUGCAUUCCCACACACCAUUCUGCAGGGCCGCACCGGCCUGGAUAUGGGGGACGAGCUGCUGUAUGUGUGUGCCCUAGGGUCUGUCGCGGGCCGCCGAGAAACAGCCUUCACCUUGCUGUGUAACAGCUGUGGCGAGUGGUAUGGCUUGGUGCAGGCCUGCGGGAAAGAUGAGGCUGAGGCCCAUAUUGACUAUGAGGAUAAUUUCCCCGAUGACAGGUCUGUGUCAUUCAGAGAGCUCAUGGAAGAUUCCCAUUCAGAAGCAGAAGGGGACAAAGGUCGGAGAGAAGCCUCUGAGGAGGUACCAAAACAAGAUCGUCUAGUCUCCAUUUCAGUGAGGAAAGAAAAUAUUGCCCGGCAGAAAACUUUUGUUCCAAACACAGGCUUGCCUGGCACCGGGAGCAGUGUCCCCACAGACUUGCCAAAAUCCCAACUAAACCAAAAGUACUCGUUCUGGUUUCCUGCUGAGACUUUCCACAAGCCUGAUUUGGAAAGGGACAUCGAUGAUGAUACCAAAAAGCGGUUUCCUGCUGGAGACAACCACAGUGCAGUGAAACUGGUCCCAAGUGAGCCUGACACCAGGGUGACCUAUGGCAGCACUGAUGGCCCCUUGGGAUCGUCCGUGGACAGGAAUGACAGCAAAGCAGGGGACCUGGUGGUGAGCAGCAGCGAGGAGUCCUGGUUAGAUGGCUAUCCUGUGACAGACGGGGCUUGGAGGAAGGGCGAGGCAGAAGAAGAGGAUGAUGGGGACAAGGGGCCUGGGUCGGUUGGCCUGGAUGAAAGCGUUCUGGUGACUCCUGAUCAGCCAGUGUUUGUGGAAGUUAAAAUGCCCAGAAGUACCACCCUCACACCAAGCAAGGACAUGACCCACAGUUCAGUUCUUCCAUCUGAAAUGCUAGAUGUGGAGGCUUUGGCUCUCAGACCCAUGAAUGUGUCUAAGACCAAAGGUCCCCAGGACAGGGAUGAUGCCUUGGCCAAGUACCAGUCUACUAUACCUUGGCGAUUCACCACAGAGAAGUCUCCCGUGACCUCUCCACCCUAUGAACUCACCGGCCCUAUCCUGGAGAUAGAAACAACAACUGCUGUCCAGCAGAUGCCUAGCAACAUCCCCUCCACCAGCACAGCAGCCACCCAGCUUCCAGUGGAAACCAGCGCUCCUGAGGCCCAGGAUAGCUUCCCAUACCUGCUGUCUGAGGACUUCUUGGGACAAGAGGGCCCUGGGCCAGUUGUGAGUGAGGAGGAGCUCCUUCCAACCUUGGAGCCAUGUGUGGGGGAUGAGUGUCCCAGCCUCAGCAAAGGCCCUGUCAUCGCCACCGUUGUCACCGUCCUAUGCCUGCUACUGGUCCUGGCGAGUGUGGGGGCCGUGUGGGGUUAUCGCAGGUGCCAGCACAAGAGCUCUGUGUACAAGCUGAAUAUGGGCCAGCGGCAAGCUCGGCACUACCACCAGCAGAUUGAGAUGGAGAAGGUCUAGUCCCUGUCACAUCGGGCUCUCUCACAGCCACAGGGACAGUAGCUGUGAUGCAUCACGGACAAACACUGCUAAUGCUCAAGAGCACAGGUAGGGCAGGGCCGAUCUGCUUCUCCUCAGGUUUGCGUUCUGUAGGCUGAGAAGUGGCUCUAUAGGCACCCAGCGGGGCAGGGAGGUUUCGGCGGUGUCAGCGCAGUGCCAGUGCCUCCUCGCUGUCUGCCCUGGAAUUAACCCAAGAUCUGUGCUUGGGCCCUACUUCUGAUACAAGGUCUUGCUUCCCAUGUCAGGAUGUUGCCUUCUUUUCUUUUUUUAAGGAAGAAAAUCACUGACUCCGGCUCCAUGCUCUGAAAUGUUUGAAAUGGGUUUGAUAAACUGAGCACUUGAAAGCAAUGUUGUCAAGAACAUAAAUGUUAAUUGUGGGAGUAGGGCACAGAAGAAUGAUGGGUUAUUUGCUUUUAAAAUUAUGAUGUCCCUGAGGGCAAAUGAACCAGGAGCCAGGACACAGUCCUGGAGAUGUCUUUGUAAUUGUUAAAGCUGACGUUUUGCUCUGGAGAGGUGGGCAGUGAAGACACACCCACCUCCUCUCCCUCCAUUCGCAGGACAGCCCAGCAUUUUGUUUUUUGUCUUUUU